AUCAACACUUGAACAAUGGAAGGAAAGGAAAAGACAAUGCAGGAGGUGAAUGUGCGAGUUGCAGUCCGGGUGCGGCCAAUGUUGCCAAAAGAGAAAGUUGGCGGUGAUGACAUGUGUUUGAAGAUAAUACCAACAACUAAACAGUUGAUCCUUGGGAAAGAUCGUGGAUUCACUUUUGAUGAAGUGCUAUCACCAAAAAGUACUCAGGAGGAAGUAUACAAGCUGUGUGUAGAGAAUCUUGUCAAGUCUAUAUUUGAAGGCUACAAUGCUACAGUGUUUGCAUAUGGCCAAACAGGAUCUGGAAAGACCUACACAAUUGGUGGAGGUAACAUCUCACCUGUAACUGAAGAUGAAGAUGGUAUUAUACCACGGGCAGUAAGACAGAUGUUUGAUACCCUGAGUAUUGAUAAGAGCGUGACAUACACAGUGAAAGUAUCUUAUAUAGAGAUUUAUAAAGAAGAACUGAGAGAUCUGCUAGAACUAAAUAGUGAUAAUAAACCAGAUCUUCAUGUGAGAGAGGAUGACAAGGGCAAUACUGUUAUCAUCGGUGCACGUGAAGUUGAAUGUGAGAGCCUGGAUGAGGUGAUGUCAUUAUUAGAAACUGGGUCAGCUGCGCGGCACACUGGAGCCACGAACAUGAAUGAGCAUUCCAGUAGAUCUCAUUCUAUCUUUACUAUAACAAUAGGUCAAACAUGGACAGAGAAUGAUGUGUUAGCCAGUAAAAGGAAACCUGAAGAUGAUUGUGAUGAUGUUGAAAAUGACAUGCUGUAUAGUGCAGACAUAGAUAAGGAAAUGAACCACAACAUGUUUGGAAAGUUUCAUUUUGUGGAUCUAGCAGGGUCAGAAAGGGCACACAAAACUGGUAAUGUUGGGGACAGAUUUAAAGAAUCUGUACAUAUAAACUCAGGUUUGUUGGCACUAGGUAAUGUUAUAAGUGCUUUAGGAGACCCAAAGAAGAAAUCAACACAUAUCCCUUACAGAGAAUCCAAAAUUACCAGAUUGCUCAAGGCAAGAAACAUCAAGAAUCUUCCAAUAGUGAAUAGAGAUAUCCAGUCUAUAAGGUUUGAAGAAAUGCAGACAGAAAUCAAGGCAUUAAGGGAGGAGCUUGCUCGUCAGAGAACCACAGUAACGAGGGGUAAUACAGUCUGGGAGAAUGAUCCUGACCUAGCAGCAAAAUAUGUUGGUCAGAUCAAACAACUUGAGGAACAAGUUGCCAGGUUACAGACAGAGUGUGGUAACUACAAGAUGAUUGCGGAAGAGGCAUACAGACAGUUUGUACAGAUACAAGGGAAAAAUAUCUUGUCUCAAAGUCAAGAUGGCAGACUUAAAGACUGGCUGGAUCUCAUGGAAGAGCACAUGGAUAUGUCACAGUUGCAUGGAUCUGUUGAGAUAAAGUGUAAAGUUCCUCAAAAGUUGAACAAGGAAGAGUGGGAAAGUCAAACAGUUAAAGAUCUACAGAAAGAGUUGAAGAAGGCAAAAGAAGAUUUGAAGAGUGAUGAAGAUAUAUUUGCUGAGAAAGCAAGGGAAGUAACUGCAUUGAAAGCUAGACUUGAAGAAAUGGAGUCUAUGUUAGAAGAGAGGGAGAAGAUGAUGUCCGGGAACGAUGAAAAGUUACAGCAACAGGAACAGCAGCUUAUAGAACAAAAUAUGAAGAUAGAAGAACUGCAGAAAGCUCUAAAGGAAUCUGCUCUUACAACAAGAACAGUAGAUACACAAUUUACACAGGUAACAUUGAUAGGUGACAGCACAAACCUGAGUGAAGGUCAGGUGACAGCCAGUGCUCCUGUCACAUCACGUCAGCCAAGACCUAAGUCUGUUCCAAUACAUUUACAUAAACACGCUGAUAUGCGAUAUUCACAGUUACGGCCACCAUCACGCAAUAUUAAGACAAGUCCAGCGUUGUUUACACUUGAACGAGUGAUGAAGAGUUUUCGUGCUCGCAGUCAGUUGCUAGUGUCGAGACUCGAGGACGGGGAUGAAGUUUUACAUCUAGACUUUAGUGAUGGAGAAGAUAAUACUCAGAAUGUGGACAGUGAUGGUGAUGAAAUGAGAAGAUUGCUUCCUGCAAAGAAUGAUAAUAGAAAACAUUGUCAUUUUAAAGUGAACAAAACUGUUUUAAAUUUCCUUGUAGAAAGUGAAGGUGACCUUGAUAUACCUACAGACAGGAUAGAGGUGGGACGAUCUCAAGAAGUACAGAAGAAAAUUAAACAAGCACAACUCAAGAUGCUUGAAUCCAACAAGAAAAUUAGGGAUCUAGCUAUAAAUAUAAAAUUGAAAGAACAACUGAUCAGAGAGUUGGUGAAAACUGGUAAAGAUGCUGAGCAAAUGAAUAAGCACUAUGCUGGGAAAGUUGCUGCACUUGAAAAGGAGAAAGAAGUGGUCAAACAGGAAUUAUCAGAGACUCAGAAAAUGUUGGCUGGUAUUGAGGCAAAGGAACAUCAAGAAACUGUAGAGAAAGAGAAAUUAUUGAGUGAGUACAAGAAGAAAGUAGAAGCUGCAAAGGCCAAGAUGACUGUCUUACAGAGAAAACAGAAAGAAACAGAGAAAGUGGCCAAUAUGUCCAAUCAAAAUGAUAAAAAAAUAUCAGAUUUGGAGUUAGCUGUAGACAGAAUGAAACAACAACAGGAAAACUUACAGAAACGUCUGAAGGAUGAGUCAGAUAGAAAAGUAAAACUUGAGAGAGAGAUGCAGAAAGAAUUACAGAGGGUGACAGAAUUAGAAAUUAAAAAUGAACAGCAACAGAAAUUAUUGAGACGUAAAAAUGAGGAGAUCGCCUCUGCUAAAAGAAGAUUGAGAAAUGGCAGCGGAAGUGUGCUGCCUCCAAUAAAUGGGGACGAGCAAGAUAAAAUUGAAGAGCAGAAGAAAUGGCUCGACUCGGAGAUUGAGAAAAUGGUACAACAACGACAAGAAGUAGAACACUUACAUGAGGAGUUAAGAAAGAGGGAAGAAAUGAUAGCUAAGAAAGAAGCCUUGUUGUCAGAAAGGAGUGAGUUAGAGAUGAAAAAACUCCGAUCUAGUCAAGUUGUUAAUAAGAGUUUGUUGUCAGUAUCAAGUAAGUUAGAUAUGGUGGAAAGGAAAUUAGAGGAGAAGUCAAGAGAACUUUCACAGACACCAGAUCUCCGUGGAGAAUCACUGAAGGAAGAUAUAGAAAAAUUACACCACACGAGAGAUAAACUUCAGAAACAGAGAUCGUUGUUAGAUGAGAAAUUACACGGUGGUAGUUUAUUGUCAGGAAGUGAGGAGAGAAGAUUAAUAGAAUUAGAUGAAGGUAUUGAGGCAUUAGAUGCUGCCAUAGAAUAUAGAUCUGACACUAUACGCAGUAAACAACUAGAGGUGCGACAUUCUCAGGCACUGGCUCAGAGUGAAGAUAAUUUUGUCAACAGAAUGAAUUCGUUGUCACCACAAGAUCUUAAAACACUUCUUGCCAAAUAUUUUGAGAAGGUUGUCAACCUAAGAGAACAAGAAAGGAAAUACAGUUUACAGUCUAGUGAAAUGGAGGUAAAGCUAGAUGAGCAGGAGAGGUUGAUACGAGAGUUAGAGAGUACAAUACAGAGAUCUGCUGUAGAGAUAGAUCGUAAACUCAUGUCACAACAGAAAGAAUACGAGCAGAAAAUACAGUUAUUGAUGCAUCAACUGAUGGAGAAUGGAAGCAACUCGAGCAAUAAUGUUAUCAAUGGGCAUGAUCCAAUGAUUGAACAGAGGGUAACUCAGCUGGAGAAAGAUUUAUAUUAUUAUAAGAAAACAAGUAGAGAAUUAAAGAAGAGGCUCAGAGAGUAUGUUUCCAGUGGUACUAUACCUGCUCAAGAGAUGGAUUUACGAGCUUCUGUACAGAGUAACAUGGAUGUUGGAGAUAGUCAAAAUAAUCACCACGGAAACAGUCAUUCACAGAAUAGAGAGUCACAUUCUGCAAGAUCUCGUGAUAACCGGAUAACUGUAGAUAGGUUACACGAAGAUGUUAAUAGAUUGACGAGAUCGAAGGAAGAUGGGUACCGGCCAAGUUCUGGUAAAGCAGGGCACCAUCUUCCAUCCAACAUAACACCGGUGAAGAUUUCACGGAAAGAUCUGAGACUCAUGUCGGAGGAAGAGAUUAAGAUGAGAAAAUCUAAUUUAAAAGAUAGCCAUGCAGAACAGCAGACUCCACAUGAUUCCUUAGACCCUGGAGGGAAGAACCCAUGGGGCUGAGAGUACAGUAUUGUGUAACAUAGUGACUAAUCAGGGUGUAAUAUUUAUUAUAUACAUAGAGUUUUCACUUGCUCUUUUAUGUGGAUUUUAUUAUAUAGAGAGGCUAGUCCUUAAAACUGAUCAGAGAGAAGAUACAUUCCAGGUUUAUGUGAAUUGUAAUUGUUGAUGUUUGUCUAUUCUUGUUGCUGAAUAUAAUGUUCAUCACAGUGCAGUAAAGAGUUCAUUCCUGGUAAAUUCAAAAGGAGUUAAGCUGUUACUGCUCUCAGUUAACAGUAUAUUGUCUUGGUUGUUGAGGUCGACACACCAUCAUAUUGGCAAUAACACCACCGACUAUGGUUGUGGACGGUAGUUCUAGGUGAUAUAGGUAUCGCCAUAAGAUGUAUUUGGUAUAAUCAGUAGUGUAGAAGUGGUGGAAUUUCAGUUUCGAGAAAGUGUCCAUUACCAUGAUUUGAUAUAUAAGAAAUUUGUAAAAAAAAAAUUUUGCAAAAUCUUUGACCACUAUUUAGAUGUAUGAAACAACCUGUUUUUUUUUCUCUUUAAAACUCUUGACCACCAUACAAAUAUAUGAAGCAGCCUUUUUACAAGGGUAAAUUAAAUAAAUGAUUUUUUCUGAAGCGAAUAAAAGAAAUAUGCCAGUAAUAAAGAAUGUUAUCCUACAAGAGUAAAGAUAUGAUAUGAUAGUGUUCACUGCCACAGAAAGCAUUAAACCAAAAAGCCUACUGCAAAAAUCAUGCUCAUUACCAUAUCAUCUGUAAGAUACUCAUUUGUAACAUGAUAAACUUAAAGGGACUCCACUGAGGUUUUUUUUUUGAAUGAAUGGACCAAAAAUAUUUUUUUCAAGAUUUUUGUGGUCUGGAGAUAUAAAUCGUGUGCAAAAUUUCAUUUUCUCACUCUGCUUCCCAGAGAUAAUCGAUUUUAUGUCGCAAAUUGACCUCAAAAUGAAAAGCAUUGCCACACUUUUCACUAAAUCGACUUAAAGCCCGUAUAAAAAAAUUGAUAAUAAAUUUAGUACCAAGUACAUUUACAAAUUAUCUAUUACAUAGAUUUUCAUUUGAAGAGUACCAUUUAAAUAGUGAAAGUAUUUCAAAUUUUACGCUUUAAGGCUAUUAGACUUCAGUUGAGUUCCUAUAACCUAUUUUACUGCUGAAAUGUCAAAAUUGCCAUGAUCUUGAAAACCAUAAGGGGCCUGAUGUCCCAUUGUGUAAGUUUUGUCUGUGUUAAAAUGAUCUUUGUCAUACAUAUCAAUAUUCUAUUGUUGUGCUGAUAUCAUUGAAAUAUUGUAAUAUUUUUGUUGACUGUAUUCGGACAUUUUAUCAUGGAAGAAUUAUUUUUUUCCUGAAGAAAGUCAAAUUUUCUGUUAAACGAAUCUCUCCUUGUGACUGAAUUUUACUUUUGUCAUGUAAUAGAAUUGACAUGUAGAGAUAAAAUGAUUGUUUUCGCUAAAAAUUAGCAACUUCCCAUUGUUCUGUAAUGACAUUUAUUUUUCAAAUAUAACAUUACAUGUUUUACUUCCUUUGUAAAAAUUAAAGUAUUUUAAGCUCAACUAUUUAAAAUCUACUUAUUGUUGCAUUGACAUUAGCAAAAUGUGACAUUUCAAUAACAGUUGAACUUAUUGCCUGGAAAAAUGCACACCAGUCUUUAGGAUGUUACUUUCCAGGAAGCAUAACUGCUGCAGUGUUAUUUUACUAAAUUACUCCCCCUUCAUUAACUGCAUUGAUUUUGUUUAACUAUCAAGGUUUGAAAAUGUCCAAGGGUAUUGUCCAUUUAAUGAGUGGUAUUCUUUUACAAUUUACCUGUUCCUGCCAUAUAAAAAUUCAGUUCUUUUACUACUAUACAUGAAUUUAUCAUGUAUUUUUGAGAUUAAACAUCUAAGCCAGGUGUUUUCGUGUUAUCACUGCCUCUAAAAUUAAACGUUCCGCAGUUACAUAUAUCACAAAGUUUUAACAUUAUUUGAUGUACAUAUUCAAGUCUUAAUUAUGAUGAUAAUGUUGAUGAAACAAAGGGUUUCAUGGUAAAAAAAAGAAAACAACAAACGAUAACUGUCAUAAAAUGUGUAGGAAUCUCAAAAACCAUCCAUUCUUAAAACCGUCCCGUCUUACUGUGAUAUUUGUAUCUUAAUUUAUUUCUCUAUUUGAGUUUACGGUAAAUACAUAAAUAUAUAUAUAUAUAUAUAUAUGCAUGUCAGAAAAAUGUAUAUUCAGUGUAUAUUUUAUGGAAUAAUAGUCCUGUUUGAAUGUAUUGACGAUGUUAUAAGAAAUGUAUGUAAUAUGUGUAAUGAAGCUUGAUGUACAUAACCAUAUGGUCUUUAUUAAUAAUCAUGUUUUAACCCAUAACCUGCUGGAGCCAAAAGUGAUCAACCUUUGCCACCUGAGUAUAGAUCCAGGCCAGCCUGCACUUCCAUUUAGUCUGACCAGGCUCUAUACUGUUGGCUGAUUAACUUCAAAUUUUCAUCCUGAUAUCACCGAUAUUGAUGAUUGAUUGUUCCAAAAACGUAAGCUUGACAAGUCCAUUUUAGAGAUUCAGCAGGUUAAGGGUUAAGGUAUUGCUGUUUGCUCUCUGCUAUUUGUUAAGAAUCUAGAUAUUUUCUGAAGUAAUGUAGGUCUGCAAUUCUUCCUUUUAUAAGUUGUAAUCUAUAUUCAAACAGGACACGCAACUUCAUUUGUUUUUAAAAAGAUUUUCUUAGAUUUGUUUUAGAAAUGUAUGGAUCUAUGCCAUUUUUUCUUGCAAAAGAAAAUCAAACUUAAAUGAUUUUAAGCUUGUUAGGAUUAUUCGAAUUUGUUAAAGAAAUGUUAUUGUGUAAUUUCUGUUAUAGAUUUAUAUGGUAAUCUUGCAUAAUUUAGGGGGUAUAGGGGCUUUAAGAUUUAAUGGUAAAGGCCACUGAUUUCCAUUGGAUAAAGUAUCAAUGUUCUGGGAUCCAAUCUUAUUAGUUACCAGUCACAAUACAUUCAUAUCUGCAAAGUUAAUGGAAGUUCAUUUGUAUUUCUAUUCUAUUUCUAUUCUGGUGCCCACUAAUUAGUAUUCUUGAAGUAAUGCUCAAAGGGUGUAAUAUAAGGACAGUAUCCACUCCCAACAUUUUUAGCAGGACAUUUACCAUAUUACACAAUGGGUUUUGUUUUAAUAUUCAAUAAAAAGAACGUACAUGUAUAAGAAAGUCCAAAUUCUUAAUAGAAAAAAAUAAUUGUGUCACAAUCUUGAUGCAUUGACAAUAAUAAGUCUAUUUUUGACAAGAAAGAAUAAUACUGCCUUGUUCAGACUUUUUUCCACAAAUAAGUGCAAUUAAUAGUGGUAAACUUGAAGUUCAUUGUGAUUUUCUCUAUCUGUCUGUUUUAGUGCUACCAUUAUGUGUUCAUUAUCAUAUACUUGUUAACAUUUUAAUAUCAACACUUUAAAUGUAUACAUAUCACAUCACUCUUCAAGGAAUAUAAACCAGUGUAUACUUUGUGUUGUACAUGUAUUAUAAUACAAUAAUAGUGUGUCUGAAAUUUAAUUGAACACUCACAAAUGCAUCAGUCAUUUGUAACCCCAGCCCCUUUCCUCCGGGACAGUUUGGGUGUAAAUGAGCUUUGAUUUUGCAGAGUCAUAGGGAGGGUUGUUUAUAUACCAUUGGGGAGAGGGUGUUUAGUUGGGAUUUUUACCAUCUAACAGUCCCAGCAACUUGGAGUCUUUAAUGUCGGUUUGAUAAUGGAAAGGUCAAAGUCUGGGCUAUUCUUAGAUGUAAGGGACGAAGAUUACAACUGAUUGGUGCAUAAGUUACAGUGGUUUUAUCAUAUUUAGUCAUUUACUUUUAGAUUUUAUACAAAAAUCUAGCCAUCCAGGAAUUGUUUGAGCUUGAUAAAUAGCAAAUUUUGAAAUUCUCAAAAUUUAAUUUCUUACACUAAUAUUAAAUGCAGCUCUUUUUAACUGUUCUAAAUUAUUUUAUAUCACAGUUUAAGCAACUGUUCAGAAAUUUCAAACAAUAUAUUGACACAAAUUUAUCACCACUGACACUCCUUUUUGGUGGUGAUCUCAGUACAAGUUAAAUGAUUUAAAAACUUCAUGAGGUGUUAGAAGUGUAACUGUUACCAGACAGUUUCGAUAUAUACAUGUAUAUAUAGAUAAAAAAACUGGU